AUGUCUUCCGUCUACUAUUGUCAUCAGUGUCGGAAUCAGGUCCCUUUAAGAAAUACUGAUAUGAUCUGCGGUGUAUGCGGUGGUGAGUUUCUUGAGCAGAUGACAGCGCCACUCCCUCGUCCGCCACCUAGAGUUGUCCAUCAUCAUCAUCAACCUGGCAGAGUACAUUUUCAUCAUCAUCAUCAUCAUCAUCAUCCGCCUACACAACAUGCUCAUGUACAUUUACAACAAGGCUCAAGUCAGAAUUCACCGGAGAACAUCCUUUCUUCUAUAAUGGGAAUGUUCAACAGUCUAUCACAAGGUCCUCCACCAACUUCAUCUCAAAAUCCGGAACCAACAGGGAAUGAUACCGCUAAUAACACUCGUCCACAAGGUCCUCAGAGUAUGACUUUCUCGCUCGAUCAGGCAAUGCAAAUGCAUCCGAUUCUGAGUCAGGUGCUCGCUACUUUGGGUAAUCCAAAUAUGCAAGUCCGUAUACACAUCGGAGAUGACGGAGACGGAACAAUGCACGGUCCGUUUGGUGACUAUGUGUGGGGCGAAAGUGGCAUGGAUCGUAUUGUUACACAACUACUCAAUCAAAUGGACGGAAACACAAGGCCAGUAGGGUUAACGGAUCAGCAGAUCAACAGGUUGCCCAUAAUAAAGGUUUCAAAACAGCAUGUUGAGAAAGACACUCAGUGUACUACUUGUUUCGAAGAUUUUAAACUCGGUGAACUUGUCGUGGAACUGCUUUGUCACCACAUUUUCCAUUGUCAGUGCGUUGUUCCAUGGCUACAGCAGCGUCCAUCAUGUCCGAUAUGUAGACAAGAAGUCGUUGCAUCGCAGUUCCCUGAUCCUGCUCCAGGAGCUCCUACUGUUUCGAGUUUGGAAGCCAAACAUGACUUAAUUGAACCGGAGCUGGAUUAA